AUGGCCCCUAGCUCCAGCUCCAGCUCCAGCUCCUCCAGCUCCUCCCACAGCGUCUCCACCGUCGACAGCAGCUGCCCCGACCUCUCCGCAGCGCUCCACGAGGCCAUCCACACCAACCCACCCAUGUUCUCGUCGCCCGGCUUCGCGGGCAGCUCCCGGCACCCGCGGCAGCAGCACAUCCCGGACUACACCCGCUCGGGGACGGCUGGCACCCCGCCGCCGUACAUUGUGGAUGAGACUGCGCCGCUGAGGCCGCUGGGAGACAGUGACUAUGAAGGCGAGACACGGAGGGGGUGGAGGGAGGUGGUGAGGCCGUGGGUGCAGGCGGUGCUGCUUCUGCUGGCGGGGCUGGCGGCGGCGACGGUGGCGGUGGUUUUUGUAGUGUUUAUUAUCUGUUGCGUUAAGGCUUGGGUGGGGUGA